UGGCUGCUAGUCAUCACUCUCAGCCAGUGCUUGUGUUCACUGGUGAUAAGGCGCUUCGUUGUUACCAACUACCCGAUCUGAUAAGCAUUGUAGGCUUACGUCAUCAAUGGCUUCUUUCAUGCUUAACGGUGCCAUCACCUUCCCCAAGGGAUUAGGUUUCACCGGUUCCAAACUCCAAGCGAGAUCAAUUCCUCCGCUGAGCUUGGUCCCAAACACAGCCGCCGCCACGACGCGGAGACCCUCAGUGGCAACCAGAUGCAGCAGCAGCAGCAGCAGCGUGUCGGCGCCAAGGCCAUCUGCGCAGCCCAGGUUCAUUCAGCACAAGAAGGAGGCCUACUGGUUCUACAGGUUCCUGUCCAUCGUGUACGACCACAUCAUCAAUCCCGGCCACUGGACGGAGGAUAUGAGGGACGACGCUCUCGAGCCGGCGGAUCUGAACAAUCCUAACCUGCGCGUAGUCGACGUCGGAGGCGGGACUGGUUUCACCACGCUGGGCAUCGUCAAGACGGUGAAAGCUAAGAACGUGACGAUUCUCGACCAGUCGCCACAUCAGCUGGCCAAGGCGAAACAGAAGGAGCCGUUGAAGGAGUGCACGAUCGUGGAAGGAGAUGCAGAGGAUCUCCCUUUUCGUACUGAUUAUGCCGACAGAUACGUCUCUGCUGGAAGCAUUGAGUACUGGCCUGACCCGCAGAGGGGAAUAAGGGAAGCCUACAGAGUUCUCAAGAUCGGUGGGAAAGCAUGUCUAAUUGGCCCUGUCCACCCAACCUUCUGGCUUUCUCGCUUCUUUGCAGAUGUCUGGAUGCUUUUCCCCAAGGAGGAAGAGUACAUUGAGUGGUUCACCAAAGCUGGUUUCAAGGACGUUCAGCUUAAGAGGAUUGGCCCCAAGUGGUACCGUGGUGUUCGCAGGCACGGUCUUAUCAUGGGAUGCUCUGUCACCGGUGUCAAACCUGCCUCUGGUGACUCUCCUCUCCAGCUUGGACCAAAGGAAGAGGACGUAGAGAAGCCUGUAAACAAUCCUUUCUCCUUCUUGGGACGCUUCCUCUUGGGUACCCUAGCGGCUGCCUGGUUUGUGUUAAUCCCGAUCUACAUGUGGAUCAAGGAUCAAAUUGUUCCCAAAGACCAACCCAUCUGAUCAAAGAACCUUAUGUAUGAUUUGUGUAAUACACUCCUCCUAUGUUAGACACACUUUUUUUUGGUCCUCUGUGACUAUAAUGAACCCUUUUCAAAAUAUAUCUAUCAACUCUAUAUUCCACCA